UGAUGCGAGAGGUCUGCUGGGAAAGUUUUAGUGGGACGCCAUAUUGGCCUGAAAGACAGAGGGAGAGCAACAGGGCUCGCAGUCACCUGUACGCAUUUUCAGACAUGAUGGCGAGUCCAGGGAAGGACAAGUACAGGAUGAAGAGCUAUAAAAACAAAGCGUUGAAUCCUCAAGAGAUGCGACGUAGAAGAGAGGAGGAGGGCAUUCAGCUACGCAAACAGAAAAGAGAGGAACAGCUGUUCAAGAGGAGGAAUGUAUGUGUACCUUCAGCUGAUGAAUCAAUGCUGGAAUGUCCAAUCCAGGAUCCAGACAUCAGCUCCACGGUGCCUGUCACAGGCGAUGGGGUCAUAACACCAGAUAUGAUUCAGAUGAUCCUUUCUGAAGACCCAGAUCAACAGCUAAUUGCUACACAGAAAUUCAGAAAAUUACUCUCCAAAGAGCCCAACCCACCAAUAGAUGAGGUCAUUUCCACACCUGGUGUUGUGACUCGUUUUGUGGAGUUUCUGAAGAGGAGUGAGAACUGCUCACUACAGUUCGAGGCAGCAUGGGCAUUGACAAACAUCGCCUCUGGUACCUUCCUGCACACAAAAGUGGUGAUUGAAACUGGAGCUGUUCCCAUUUUCAUUGAGCUGCUGAACUCUGAAUAUGAGGAUGUCCAAGAACAGGCAGUGUGGGCGUUGGGGAAUAUAGCAGGAGAUAACGCUGAGUGCAGAGACUAUGUGCUCAACUGUGGCAUCCUGCCGUUUCUACAGCAGCUACUUGCCAAAUCCAACCGUCUAACAACAACCCGCAAUGCAGUGUGGGCUCUGUCCAACCUGUGCCGAGGGAAAAAUCCACCACCGGAUUUUACCAAGGUGUCUCCUUGUCUCAGCGUUCUGUCCAGGCUUCUAUUCAGCAGUGAUCCAGAUGUGCUGGCUGAUGCUUGCUGGGCUCUGUCCUACCUGUCUGACGGCCCUAAUGAAAAGAUCCAGACGGUCAUUGACUCCGGUGUGUGCCGCAGACUGGUGGAGCUGCUCAUGCACAGUGACUAUAAGGUUGUUUCUCCUGCCUUGCGUGCAGUGGGCAACAUAGUAACAGGAGAUGACAUCCAGACUCAGGUAAUCUUGAACUGUUCAGCACUGCCCUGUUUACUCCACCUGCUGAGUAGUCCCAAGGAGUCCAUCAAAAAGGAGGCAUGUUGGACUGUGUCCAACAUUACAGCUGGAAACAGAGCUCAGAUUCAGAAUGUGAUUGAUGCCAACAUAUUCCCAGUACUGAUUGAGAUCCUUCAGAAGGCUGAGUUCCGCACUAGGAAGGAGGCAGCAUGGGCUAUUACUAAUGCCACCUCUGGGGGCACACCUGCACAAAUAAGAUAUCUGGUGUCUCUGAAUGCCAUCAAACCCAUGUGUGAUCUGCUGACAGUAAUGGACUCUAAGAUCGUGCAGGUGUCACUGAACGGUUUGGAGAACAUCCUCAGGCUGGGAGAACAGGAAGCCAAACAGAAUGGAACAGGCAUCAACCCAUACUGUGCUCUUAUUGAAGAGGCUUAUGGCCUAGACAAGAUUGAGUUCCUGCAGAGCCAUGAAAACCAGGAGAUCUACCAGAAAGCCUUCGACCUGAUUGAACACUACUUUGGCGUGGAGGAGGACGACGCCAGCCUGGCUCCACAGGUGGACCAGAAUCAAGGCCAGUUCGUCUUCCAGCAACAGGAAGGACCCAUGGAGGGUUUCCAGCUUUAAUUCCACCUCACCUCCACAGCCCUAUCUUCUUCCUCAGAGACUGCAGCCUGCUGGCCUGUAUACUCUCCUGGAACUUCCUCUCAGAUCUGGGCCAACUCUACUAUGCCUUCACAACUACACCUACUUCGGAGACAAAUUUGUGAAUAUAGAGAUGAAAAGUGGGCCCACAUUUGGCUCCUUGAUGAUGUUUGAGACUGUGAGAACCUGAAUGGAGGGCUCAGCUUUGCUGGUUUCCAUCCCACUGGUAAGAUGUCAAUGCCAUGAACAGCCAAUGAAAGAAGAAAUAAUAUUUUUAGUGCUGCAGUAUGAUGUUCCUUUGGCUUCCUGUAACAAAAUGUUGAUAUCAUUUUAAAUUAUGUUAAUUGAUAUUUGUGUUACAAUUAGGAACUGUAUCUCCAAAUCGGCAUCCGUAUCCCUUUUUGAAUGUGAAACUACCUCCUCAGUCUUCGGCACAAAGAAAGAAAGAGGAAGUAGUAAAAGAUUAGCCCAAAAUGAAUACAAAGAACAGUGUUUUUGUUUUUGAAUUUGUUGUGGCUAAGUUUCAAUCUUGAAUAAAAUCUUUUUUAUUCAGACUAAGGGUAUGGUGGCUAACCAUUCAGAGGACUGGAGGCAGGCAGUGGGGUUAUAUACAUUAUGUACUGAAGCAGCUGCACAUGCUUACUGGGAUACUACUCCUUGUUAUUUUAAAGCUCUUGAAGAGCACCCAAGACUCAAGGUGUUCUAUUGUAUUCUGAGAGCUUUGGAGGAGCUCCUCUUUCUUUUCUCCAACCUCAGCUCAGACUAAAGGCAACUGCUUCUUAGAUUAUGUAGCUAGUCAACUGGCCUGUGUUAGUUUGAACUCUGUAAUGGUGUUGACUGGUGUUGGUUGUAUCCAGUGUUUUUGCUGCUCAUUUGAAAUGUUCUUUUAGGGGGCGGUGUUUCUGUUACCUGAUUCUGCGUAUGCAACAGUUUUCUAGUUAAAUUUUUGUUCCAUUUUUUAGGUUGUCAUUCUGAACUAGCCUUGUCUUAGUUUUUUUUCUGCCUGCAAUCAUUUCCUUGAUGUGACAGGAUAUGUUGAGUGACCUACACAGUUUUGUAUAUUAUAUAUACAUAUAAGUAAUAGUGAAGAGAGUAUUUAAAUGGCUGUGGGUGGGUGUGAUAUGCAAGAAUUUUUCUGGCAGAUAUAAAUUUGUUAUAUUUCCAGUCCGUUACUGCUUCUCCUUUUUUCACUCUAUGAACGAGUUUUUUUAUUUGUAGCUUUAUCUCAUCUGAAUAUUUACACUUUGAUUUGUUUUCAUAUUCUUAUUUUGUGGCUGACGUCUUAAGAUUAAAGUGUUUUCCUUGCUUCUGGCUCCACGAUUUGACAGUUUUUGAUACGUGUCUAGAACGGCAACAUUAAAUGGUGGACAAGUGAAUAGGAAAAUAAUCUAUAUUUAUGUGAGAUGGAAAAUAUUUGUAAUGCAGAAAACUCAUCAAGCACAUUCAAUCGCGUAUACUUUUCUAAUAUUUUUGGUUUGUAUGAUUGUCUAUCACUUUGUAGGUUUUGGUAGUGUAUUAAUUUUUCCUGUUUGGAAAUUUAUUUGCUGUGUUCUUGUGGCUCUCAGUAGAAAUUGUACUUUAACACUAAACCCUAAAAGACAAUAUGCAGCCACAAUCUGUGGUUCUUAACACUUACUGGAUCAGAGGCCUGACAGUGAAGCUAGGUCAGGCUGUCUGUAAAAAUGUCUUGCUUUUCUGUGUGUGGAUGCACACUUACAUCGUGUGACAAGAAUUAAUAAAUUGAUCUGUUGUAUACAAACUACA